GCAUACAAUUAUCCGGGCAGUACGAAUGCUGCGCUGGAAGCUGUCUGGGUUGUGAUUCUAAGACUGUGAUGUACGCUAAAGCUGAAUGCUGACGUUAUUGUCAAAUCAGAAAUCAUGUUUUCAUGACCUCAGUAUUGAUGGCUAUCUUACGUGAACUAUUUAGGCAUUACUUUAAUUGAUAUGGAACAACCGCCUAUUCGUAUUUUGAGACGACCAUGUCCACAUCCGUCUGAGAUUCAAAAAACACCACAGAGGCCAACUGUCGUCACUAAAACUCUUGAACAAAGAGAGGCAGAUUAUGCCGCUGCAAGGAAAAGGAUUAUGGGCUCCGCGACUCCGGAUCCAGCUGAAGGGGAAACGAAAGAUUCAGUAGAGUCUGAUACUACGAAGAUAACAGAGGAUAUUAAUAAUCUCACUUUAAAGAAAGAUUCAUGUAUCCCGACUACCUCUACUACAACGCAGAGUACGGAGGUUAGUGCUCAGAAAAGUCUGUCAACUGAAGUGUCAGUAAAUCGCUUGCAAGCUAAUCAGAAUGGAGCACAAAUCGCGUCGCCUCAGAAUUACAAACAGCCUCUAGAAGUUGGUGCCAACCGAAAGCAUCAGCAACAUGCACAGUCUACAUCAAAUGGUGUUCGACAGAAUCUGGUAACUCACCAACAGCGCAGUGCAACAGUAUCUGCCAAUAGAUUAUCUUAUUUUCCUCAACCCUCACCUCUUUUUUCUUUUCAAACUGGAUACAAUAAUGUUGGUCUUCUUCCUACACCCCCUGGUUUUCAAUGUUCGCUUCAGAAUGGGACAAAUGCUGGUCUGCAACAAACGACUGCAAUCGCUCUAAUGCAUCAAUUCAAUUUGUUACAACAGCAAUAUCAGCAAACUCUGACUGGAUUUCAGAAACAGUUGGUAUCUUCUGGAGCUCAUUCAUCGACCAAUUUUAACCCUUUGAACUUCACGUCAUCUCUUCCUCAAUCUCACAUCAACCACAAGUAUACUCACCCUCCAACUUUCAACUGAUUUGAAUCCUGCGCUAAUCAACACAUGAAGAAGCGCUCCUAUUUUUCAUUUUCAGUGCUUUCAAGCGUGGUUACGUAUAUAUGAUUUCAUAAAAUACUUUGAGUAACUUCAUGCUUUCGAUUAGUUCGUGGACAACUGUAACACUGUUCAUAGCUUCUGCUGUGACGUUUUGUUCAUCAUAAUUACUCAUGUUUCUGUAUAAAUAAAGUACUUUUAAAGAUA